GUUCACUCAGUCCAAGAGUCUCAUGCCACAUUUGUACUUGCAUAACGAUGAACUACAUGGGCUCCGUUCUUUGAAAGCAGACAUAGUAUCACGCUGAAUUCCAAGGAAGACAAACGCCAAACUUCAUCUCCUUGACGGACCCACAUCCAUAAAUCACUAAACCAGCAAGAUCACGUUCCCCACAUUCUCAAAAUGUCAUUGGAAGAGCAAUUCAAAGGAAGAUCAGUUUUGAUCACUGGAGCAGGAAAAGGAAUCGGAAGGGCUUUGGCAAUAAGACUCGGGAAUACGUACGGGGCAACCGUAUACGCCUUGUCAAGGACUCAGGAAGACCUUGAUGCUCUGAAGGAAGAAUGCCCCCACGUGAAACCCGUGUGUGUCAAUCUGUUGGAUUGGAAUGCCACCCGAGAAGCCCUCCAGGGACUGGACCCUGUCGACUGUCUCAUCAACAAUGCUGCCAUAGGAGGAAUGCAACCAUUCUUGGAAAUUACUUCGGAUGCUUUUGACGAAGUUAUUGGCACAAACUUGAAGGCAGCUGUCAACGUAUCGCAAGUCAUUUGCAAGAAAAUGAUUGACGCUGGAAAUGGCGGAUCUAUUGUUAACGUCACUUCAAUCGCCGGCAAACGGUCCUUGGCAAAUUACUCGGUCUUCUGCACCUCUAAAGCUGGCUUGGAUAUGCUGACAAAAACCAUGGCUGUGGAAUUAGGGCAGCACAAGAUUCGCGUAAACUCGGUAAGUUUGGGCUGUGUGUGGACCCCAGCUUUUGAGAAGUUUGUAAACUUGUUUGGAGGACCUGCAAACUUGGAUGCGAUUUUGGCAAGUGUAAAAGCACGAACUCCGUUGGGAGAUCCAAUACUUCCGAUGGACGACGUGGUAAAUACAAUACUUUUCGUCUUGUCAAAUGCGAGCAGCAUGAUGACAGGCGAAAAUGUAAUAGUUGAUGGGGGAUUUUGUGCUACAUGAGCAAAUCAUAAGAUCAAUAAUAUUCCUACUCUUUUAUGCUCUGCUAUUUAUUUAUGUUCCUAAAAUGUCUGUGACACUUGCUAUCCCGAAUUUUGCCGUCAAAUGUAAUUAACUGUCAACAUUGUACACACAGACAGUGACGCUACCACGGAGCUUUUUACUUCCACUUUCACAAAUUAAAAUAUUCUCUCCUAAUAAAGUCCAACUUGUGUAUGUAACAUGCUCCACAAUACUCAUAGCCGAUGCUUUAAAACAUCUUUUCACAGAAAAGCCAUUUAAGAUCAACCAGUUUCACGUGUUUUAAAUCACCAAAAUAAUUAACAAUAACUAUGAAGCUUGUUAAAAUGCUUAAAUUACAACAUGUUAUAAUUACAAUUAUAAUGGUGUUGCACCAUGCAGCAGCAGAUUGUUUUCUGAAUAAAAAAACACAUUUUGAAUCAACCAUA